AUCUUGUCAAAUUCCUUUGGCUUGAGUUGUCAAAAAGUACAAGAUCUCCACUGACCUCCACAUUUCUUCCUAUCAUGUGCUCUAGUGCGUGUUUCUUGUUUAGUUGUACGUUUAUUCCACGAAGACUUUCAUUGAAUGAUAGUUUUAUUCACACAAAUCCACGUUUACUAUAUGGUUGUACGGUAUAUGAGCGAAAGCUGAGGCAUUGUUGGAAUUACAGUAAUAGAAUUCGUGCUCAACAACAAACAGAAGACAAAAGAGACGAAGAAACCAAACAACUAAGCGAUUAUGAAUUUGCCGAGCGUUGUGUAGAUGGUGGUUGCCCUGUGGAAGAUGUUCAAGAACUCUUGGUUCGUCUAGAGGACCGAAGAAAAAUUCUUCAGAAAGAAAUUGAAAGAAUAUCUGAUCUUAUGUCAAAACUUGCGAGAUACAAUACUGCUGAAGAUCGAGGUCUCUUAAGAGAUGUUGUACUGGCAGCUCUAAGUAUCUUUUCCAGGUCAGAAAAUAACUAUCCAGAAGUAGGAGAGUCACCUUGGUCUAUGGAUCCUUAUAGACCCAAAAAAUGGGAAGAUUAGUGCAGUUGUGUAUGAUUUGUUUGAGGAGGGGGAUUCAAUGAAAUGGGGAAAUAAAUGUUUUUGUAUGUGUGUAAAAUGAUGCAUUGAGAAUGGAUUGACUAAGC